CGGAGCUCUGCUGGCCUCGGUGAAGCGGCGGGAGCCAUUCGUGGCCCGGUGGGGCGAGGAGCCGGACAGCGAGCGGGAAGGGCGUGCCCGACCGAGGCCCGCCGCGGCUGGUGUGCGCUCUGGGGGCGGUGGCAGGAUCCGAGGCCCAGCCCUUCGAGAGACAACAUGGUGUCGUGCAUCAUUUCCCGAGUCGUCGUGUUGGUCUUUGGGAUGCUGUAUCCUGCUUAUUACUCCUACAAAGCUGUAAAAACAAAAAAUGUCAAGGAAUAUGUGCGGUGGAUGAUGUAUUGGAUUGUAUUUGCGCUUUAUACGGUUACUGAAACAGUAGCUGACCUCCUGAUCUCUUGGUUUCCACUGUACUAUGAACUGAAGAUUGCUUUUGUUGUUUGGUUGUUGUCUCCAUAUACAAGAGGGGCAAGUUUAAUAUAUAGGAAGUUUCUUCAUCCUCUUCUCUCUUCCAAAGAAAGGGAGAUUGAUGAGUGUAUUGUGCAAGCCAAAGAACAUGCUUAUGAAACCAUGGUGAACUUUGGUAAACAAGGCUUGAACUUAGCUGCUACUGCUGCAGUGACUGCAGCUGUAAAGGGUCAAGGGGCAAUAACAGAAAAGUUGCGGAGUUUCAGUAUGCACGACCUCACGGCAAUAGCAGAUGACGAACCAAUGGGACAAAGGCACUACCAAACUUUGCCUGCUACCAAAAAGAAAAGCAAAACCUCCACUCCCAGUGAACCCUUAGGUUAUGGUAUUCCAAUAAAAAAAGAUUCUGAAGAUGAUAAAACAGAUGAAGAGAGGGAAGGGACAUAUUCAGAAGAUGAGAUGUUUGCUCAGAGAGGUCUCCGUCGAACACAAAGUAUGAAAUCUGUAAAAACGAUAAAAGGACGCAAAGAGGUGCGAUAUGGCUCACUAAAAUACAAAAUGAAGAGAAGGCCACAAGUGUGCUUCUAAAUCUACACAAUUCAGCUAAAAGCAAACAUCUGCACUAAUAGUUUUCUGCAGGCCUACUGUGUUCUGGUCCUGUGUGCAGGGCUUUUCCCAUUCUCCGAAGAGAAACAGUUCACAUUUAUGUGGAUUCCUAUUCUCAACCUAGAGCUUUAUUUCAGUCACGCAAGAGAAAGGAAAAGACCCCCAGAUGCAUAUUGUGCUUCAAGUUCAUAGAUACCAAAAAUGCAAUUACAUUUUUUCUUUUAAGAGAGGAACAUAUUUAGUUACAUUUUUAUUAAAAGAAACUUAGUAGCACUUUAGCUUUCUGUGCUAAAUUUCAUGACAGAUUCUUAAUUUGUGGCUUCCAUAGAUGAGUGCUUUAAACGUUGGCUGAUGUCUGGCACUUAAUAAAAAUGGCACAUCGAUAGAAUUUCCGUACUGUAUUAUUGGAAAGCUUGUUGUUGAAUGCACUGUAUUUUUAAAUUCCUGCAGUUGUCAAAGUCAGGUACAUGAAAAAUGAGUGAAGGACACAGGGCAUAUUUUGGAACUAAUCCUCUGAAUGGCUUGGAUCCAAAGAGCUGUUUAAGGUCAUGGAAGAGGGUUGUGCCACCCUGUGGAAUCAGCCAUUUUCAUUCCAUUUUGAAGUUCUUCUCAGUGUCAUGUUCAGUGUGAAGACUCUCUUGGGUUUCAUUUGUUUCUGUGAGGCUUCCGUAUUGUUUACUGUAAUGGUUUGAGUUAGCCUGUGCCUUUGGCAUAGCUGAUGAUGAAAAUCAUAGUUGUCUGUUUCUGUACAGUCAGUGAUUUAUAGUCUUGCCCUGACUUCUCUCUCUCUCUCUCAUGGGACGUUGGAAGUUGCUCUGUGCCAAGCCAGACAGUUAUUAUAUCUAGUCAAAUAAGUUCUACAUCACCAGGCAGCUGCUAUCCAGAUUUUCAUGCAGGAAGUCUUACAGCAUUCCUUGCAGAUGCCAAGAAUUAAAGCUGGGAACUUCUGUAUGCAAAACAUGUGCUCUACUAAUUAAUAUUAUCUUUUUUUAUCAACUACUAAUUAUGAGUGUACUGAAACAGAUUAAAGAAUGCUGCUAGGUGUCCUUUGAGUUAGAAUUCAGUUUCUGUCUGUUAUAUGUAAAAAGGAAUAGGAAUAUGUUGAAUAGAAAAAAAAAUCAGAUUCUGCAGUCAGAUAUGUUUUAUCAUGUAUUAGACACAAAUUAAUAUGAAAACACACACUAAACAGUGCUUUUUUAAAAAAAAUCAGACUGAAUUUCUUAGGCUGUUUUAAAAAAUGUGUGUGUGUGUGUGUUUUACUUUGUUUGGGUGACUAUUUUUCAUCUACAACAAAUCUGAAGGGUUUAUAUUUGGGUUGUGCUUAGAUGUGUAAGUGAUAGGAGAAAACCAGAGUACUCCAAUUGUUUGACUAGUAGGUAGGCCUUAAAGCCCUACUCUGUACAGCUGAUGUUGACUGCAUACUCAGUCCUUAGAGCAACAUUUGGAAUUCUUUUAAAUCCAUACAUGCAUUUUAGGGUAUGGUUCUGAAACGGUAGUUUGGAAAACAUUGCUUUUUUGCUAGUUUCUUGAAAGAUGGCUUGCCUUUGCUGGUCCAGUAUGUCUUCCUUUCUCUUAGGAUAACAUGCUUUAGUAUUGCAUCUGGGUGUAAGAAUCAUGUCAAAUGCUUAUUAAAUAAUAUUUAACAACUAAUGAAAUGAGAUUGACAUUUUAAGGUUUAUCAUAGCUAUAAAUCCUAGCAACUUUUUAAAAGGAACACUUGAAAAAAAAAUGACUGCUUUAUCACUUGAAACUAGUCUUUAAGCAAAGGCAAAUAGAUCCCAAAGGAAGAUAAGUUGCUUGUGGCUUAAGAAGAAAUUUGCAGAAAACAUAGGCAAAAUAUAUAAUGUUCUCUGGAGAAGAGCUAACAAUUCAGUGUGGAAUCCUGGAGGUCUGUCCAAUAUAAGAAAGUAAAUUACUGUUUCUGUAUUGUGGGCAUCAGAAAUAGGUUUUAUCACAGAAAAAGAGCCUGCUUUUACAUUUCAUUGUAUUUAUUAGUGUAGUUAUGUUUGGUAUAGGAAGAAUGGAAUGUGAUUAAAAAGUAUACAAUAAACCCAGUAUGUCCUAGCAUUAUCUUUCCCAAGUCUUCCCUAACUCUAAAGCUUUUAUUGGUAAACUUUACAUCAGUUAAAAAAAUAUGUUCAGCAUAUUGACAACCUUCACUUGUGGAAAAAAAGUUCUGUCUUUGUUUCGUUUUAUGUUUCAUUUUAGAGCAUUUGUCACUUGUUAUAUAGAAAAGCUCAUUGUACUGAGUCAGACAAACAAUCAUCCAGACUUGCAUCUUCUACCAGAUCAAACCAGAUAAUUUCAACAAUUAUUGAGUAAGGCAGCAUUUCAGACUUUUUUAAAAAAAAUAGAUCUUGUCAAAUAGAUUUGAACUGGCAGUGAAAGAGGUAGGCUUCUUGGCUACUUUUAAGUUCUUCCUUUCUAUAGUAUUGUAUAAGAUAUACAUAGGUACAUAGUAGAUUUUUUCAGCUUCAGGGGGUAAACAGUGCUUCCUUUCCAGAAGCCACAGAGGCAUGGCUGGUGAUAUUGCCAGGGUUGACAGGACUGUAUUUUUUUAGCAUUUUGCAUUUCCUUAUAUAGUGUUAAAGGCUGAAAUUUUGCUGUUUAACCCCAUCCAAUUUUUUAAAAAUCCUAUUUUUGUGGGUGUGAGAGUUUUUAAAUUGUGCAGUAGUUUCUUUAGAUUUCAGUCAGGUUUAAGGUACUUAUUUACUCCUUAAAGGCCUCCCCCUGGGUAUUGCAAAUGGAGUACAGAGAGUGCCACAUAUGGUCUGCAGAUUGCCCACCUGUCAUACAUCUGGUGUUGCCAGAGUAGUACUUGUGUUUUGGACUCUAGCUCCUAGAGGUUCUAGCCUGUAUGGCCAAUAUUCAGGGAUUCUGAGAGUUGCAACCCCAAACAUCUUGAAUUCACUUAGGAUUCACCCCCCCCCCCCAAGCAA